AUGGCAUCUCUUGUCAACACUCGCAUCCUGAUCCUGUCCGACACGCACGGAGAUGCGCUCAAGCGAAUUGUCACCACCAGCGCAGAUGUAGCCAUACACUGCGGCGACCUCACAGAAGAAUCGAAGUUGGACGAAUUCGUGGCGGCCAUACAGCUACUGAAAGGCAUAGACGCGCCACUCAAGCUCGUGAUCGCAGGCAACCACGACUUCACCCUGGACGACAGAGCGUACGAGCGCCACCUUGCUGAGGCCGAUCCCUCGAUCGACUCUGAUCUGAUGAGCAGGACCUACGGCGAGCUGGGAGCCGCUCGUCGCCUUUUUGAGGCAGCAGAUGUUCGAGAAGCUGGCAUCGUCUACCUGACGGAAGGUACUCAUUCUCUCACACUCAAGAACGGCGCCAGACUGACAGUGUAUGCGAGCCCAUAUACAGCAUCAGUGAGCACUGGUUGGGGUUCCACCUACAAUCCCCGCGACCCGGCACAGGAACACAAGUGGGAUAUUCCGGAGACAGUUGACAUCGCUGUAACGCACGGACCAGCAAAAGGCGUCCUAGAUUAUACCGACUCUCGCACACGGGCUGGAAGCGCGAGCUUAUUCGCCGCCAUAGCACGAGCAAAGCCCAGAGUGCACUGCUUCGGCCACAUACACGAAGCCUGGGGUGCGAAGAAAGUGACAUGGCGAAGCGAAUUAUCCGAGGAGCCUUCACAUUUUACAGACAUCGAUCAAGAUGAGUCUGAGUUGAUCGAGAGUCUAGCAACACUUCGCAAGGGUAAAUUUGACUCUGAAGACGACAUCGCGCGAAAAACAGCCAAGAGGUCGGAGUACGAAGCACGAGGUAGCUGUGGUGUAUCGACGGAGAUCCGGAAAGGAGAGCAAACUUUGUUCGUGAACGCUGCGUUUGAGGGGUCGGAGGAGGGCGAUCAGCAUUUACCAUGGCUGGUAGAACUUAAUCUGCCGAAGGAGAUCAAAAACGUGGAGAGCAAGAAACGCAGAAGGCCCAGCGGCAGCGAAGCGGGUGAGGAGACCAGCAAGUACCAGCGCAUAAUGGACGGCACUGCUGAGGAGAAUGGGAGAUCGGGAAAAUGA